AUGAAACAACGUAUAACAUAUGUGUUGAAGGACCCUGAUGCUUUCACUCCCGAUCUGCUGGAGCUCAAGAAAGAUGGCUCAAAAGACAGCUUCAUAAUCAACGGCGUGCAAGCAGCUAAAGAACACCGUAUCACUCUAGGGCUAGAUGAGCUGCCUAGUGAGCUCGGCGCUGCUCUACAACAAUGGCAUGAACUCCACCUUCGAUGGGCGUCUCCCACGCACUACUCGUCCACACCACCGUUCACAUCACGUGUCUCGCCUGGUCUACAUGUCCUGUUCACCCCUCUCAAAUCGACUCCUGAAGAAGCAUUAUGCGAGCAGUUACAUGCCUUCGUAAAUGCUGGGCUGAACUGCACUUCUACCAGCGAGAGCUCGAUCAAGCUCCCUGUUCUGUCGGAGCGCUUCACCAUGUCUGCAUCUUCUCAGUACUAUGCCUAUCUAUCAUCGAUUCGAGAGGUAGCCACGGUCCUAGGGCAGAAGUUCUGUAAAUCAAAGGGCGAGGAAUGCCUCCACCAAGCGCUCAGUUUAUCUACUGCUACGUACCUGGACAUCGACUACGAUACAAUUACUCGCGCCCUCGUCAUAAAUGCCGGAUGGCCGUCCGCUCCAAGCGAAAAAGGAUGGACAGAAACCAUAUCUCGAAAAAGGGCCGACGCAACCAUUGAAAUCGGCGUCCUGAUCCACGAGCCCAAUCCCGACCCCGAGGACAUUCAAUUCGGCGGGUUUCUCGCCGUCCUAGGCCAAGACACAUCACCCAAACCAACCCGAUUCCAAACCCCCACACGGCACUACCCCCUCCUCUCAUCCUCCUCCUCCCCCCUCCCCCAACCACACCCCCUAACCUUCACCACCACCUUCAACUCCCCCACAGGCCUACACCCAACCCUCACCCUGUCCUUCCUCUACCACACACCUCACCGCUCCGAACCCCACCCUGCAAACUCCACACGCACCUAA